AUGCUGAUGAUGAAUCAUUUGAAUAUUAUAGCGUUUGUGACAAUAAUAUGGUUAAUGAAGCUCUAACAGAGGUGAAUAAUGAAACUCUAACAGAAGAGAAUAACAAGGCUCAACCAGAAAUUCAUAGUGAUAAUAGUCAGCAAAGUGAUGAUGAAUUAGAUGAUAGUGAAUGUGAAGAGCAAAUAAAACUAUUAAAAAUUGCCAAGGCAUAUCUUGAUGAUUAUGCUAAGCAGCAAGAAUUUCUUACACCACAAAUUCUUCAAAAACAUUGUGAUCAAAUGGCUCAAUCAUUGUGUUAUGAUGUUUAUUUAAUUGUUGACUGGCAACCACUCUUGGAAGAAAUAGCCAGAGAGGAUGAUUAUGAUCAACUGCAAUCCUUGUUCUCAUCAUUGCUAAAAGACAUUCCUUAUAAUUCAGUUAAAGAAGUGUGGAAGGUAGUCAGGCAUCGCGGACCUAAACAGAAAUAUGGCUUUGGUAUGGGCCAUGCCAAAAAAGCACUUGAUUUGGAAAUUAAGGCUGACAAAGUAGAGGAAUUUGUUAAAACACAGCAUAAUAACCAAGUCAGUGCAGAAGAGAAACAUGACAGUCAAGGUAAAGAUCUAAAUGUAGAAGUGCAAGUUACUGAUUAA